ACCGUAAAUCCACCCUUCAUCGAGACGUUUGGAAUAGUAUUCACUCAUAAUUCUAAUAAAUUGGAGUCGUAGGCUUAUUUUGAGUGGUUAAAAGAUGGCAAGUUCUGGUGUGUAUUCAAGUCCUGCAAUCUCGCAUUUAGACCUUCUAAACCUUACUGAUGAGGAGUUUGAUGCUGUGCUUCAAUUACUAGGUACAAAGGAGCUUGAAGACACAGCCCGUGUUUUCCAAGACGCCAUUCACAAGCUCCAGCAUGAGUACAAGCGUCUGAGUCAUGUUCAGUACUCAGACGAGGAGGAAGAUGGAGGUUCGUUUGCAACAUCGGAACAGAAACUCAACAAGUUGUGUGUCCGCAACCGCAAAUGCUUGUCAAGGUUGAUGGCAGUGGAAUGGGAAGCGGAGAAGAAGUCAGAGUCUAGUUCUGAGUUGAGUUCUGAGAUCAGCUCCGACGACCUGACCGACCAGCAGGAUUCAGAUUGCUCCGAGAACUCCUCAGAAUGUUCAAGCUGCCUCAGCCACAAGAGGGACACGCAGACGUUUGCCGAGUUAGAGUCUAUCAGUGAGGAGGAGGUGCCAGAGGGACAGAGACCCACCGAUCUGGAAUCUUGCCGAGACUUCGUCCAGAGUCUCGCCGCUCAGGUGGAAGCCAUGCAGGAGGCCAUUCGCAAGAGCAAAGAGAACAUCCUGGAAGUGUCGGACAACAAGAAAGCCUGCGUGCGCAAUAAGCACAGCUCUAAGAAGAAACUGCGCGUCGGGAGCGACGUUUAUUCAGACGUGGCAGAGGAAGAGCCUCCAAUACCAGACUACGUGUACAGUCUGAAUUGCUCUGGGAUGGAGGAUGAUGGCAGCUAUGAGACUCCCAUGAAAUGCAGGGAGAAAUCUCAAAAUGGGUCGACUCUCCGCAACAACAACCAUCAUCAUCAUCAUAAUCAUCACAACCACCAUCAGAGUAGCCUGAACAACAGCCUGGAUCAAUCCGAGUACGAGGAGGUAUUGAGGGUACCACGCCAUCAUCACAGCAGACCGGAGUCCAGUCAGAAUUACAUGGCCGUCUCCUCCAUGUAUAUAAACACUGAACUCCCCAUGAACAACUUGUUGAGAACUGAUGAUAAUAACCAUAAGGUCAGCCAGAAAAAAACAACCGUGGACGACACCGCGAUUUAUGAGUUUCCACCGGCGGAAGAUUGCUCAGAAAUCGGUGAGGAUUGUGGUAGCAGUUUGAGGGGAAGUCUGUCAUCCAAUAACCACGAUGACAUCAUUUACAAAUAUGAUGGACCCAUUGUUUUCGGCUCCACCGACACUAGCGAGGUUGUACACAUUGAGGAGAGGGACAGUGUCAAGAAAUGGGAUCCGAUGUCCAUUGUCCAGGACCUUUAUGCCAACAUCCAACGUCCCCACCAUGACCACGGAGACAGCCCCAUGCUCAGGGCAGGGGAGAUCAGCAUGGAGGGAUACAUGGAGAAACUACCCAUGGGUAGAAGGAGAGCCUCGUUCAUCAAGAAGUGGAAGAAACGCUACUUCAGGGCCAAACAAGGAAACCUCUUCUACUAUGAGGAUCACAAAGCAAAGAAAUCUCUUGGAUAUAUCCAGCUCAUUGGCGGCCGCAUAACAGAGAUCAGCAACAAAUGCAUCGAGGUGACUGAUUUGAGAGGUCGAGUACUCCUGCUCCGAUGCAGCAGUCGGAUGGAGUUUGAAGACUGGAAAGUCAUCCUGAAUGCAGAGAGUGGUGCUUACAACACAACUCCCAAGUCACCUAGUGUGUCUACUACAAAUAGUGUCAGAAAGCACAUUGCCAUUGUUGAUCUGGGAGGUUGCUCCGUCCGAGCGGGAGUCCUUUCCGACGUGGAUUCCCCCCAACCACAAAUCUUCUUCCCAUGUGUCGUAGCCACCAACACCAAACACAAAGAUCGGGUGUUUUACGGCUACGAGGCUUUGUCACCUGAAGUGAGGGCCGUGUCUAAGCUGUCGUCACCGUUCCGUAACCCAUCUCACCAGGAGCAGGUAAAGUUCAAGCUGAGUAUGCAGACAGUUGAAGGAUUACUAGACAUGGCCUUUACUGAGUUGGGGAUCGAUCCAAUCGCUUAUCAGAUCAUGGUGAUCGUACCCUUCAACCUGGGCGUUAAAACAACGGAGAAGUUAGUAGAGAUGGUAUUUGAUCGGUUCAAUGCUGAGGGUGUUUAUGUACAAGAGCAGUCUCUGAUGGCUUUAUAUUCAUACAAGGCCACAUCGGGCAUUGUUGUCAACAUUGGUGAGAGAAUUGACGUCGUUCCUAUUGUGGAGGGAUACUUCAUUCAGAAAGGUGUUUACAGACUGCCUUUUGGAGGACGGCAUAUUACUGAGCAUUUACGUCGCCUGCUCACAGAAGGAGGUUAUAGGUGA